AUGAUCCAAACAUAGGUAGGGUCGGAGAGAAGUAGUUCCGGGGCUUCCGCUGUUGAAGAGCGUUCCUCCGUGGAAAAAAUCAUGACUUCGCUGCGGGCUUUCACCUGCAAUGAUCUCUUUCGCUUCAACAAUAUUAACUUGGAUCCUCUCACAGAAACGUAUGGAAUUCCAUUUUACUUACAGUACUUGGCUCACUGGCCUGAGUAUUUUAUUGUUGCAGAAGCACCUGGUGGAGAACUGAUGGGCUACAUCAUGGGGAAAGCUGAAGGUUCAGUAGCCAGAGAGGAAUGGCAUGGCCAUGUUACUGCACUCUCUGUUGCACCUGAAUUUCGCCGGCUAGGUUUGGCUGCUAAACUGAUGGAGCUGCUUGAGGAAAUAUCAGAAAGGAAGGGUGGAUUUUUUGUGGAUCUCUUUGUCAGAGUGUCAAAUCAAGUUGCGGUGAACAUGUACAAACAACUAGGCUACAGCGUGUACAGAACAGUGCUAGAAUACUACUCUGCCAGCAAUGGGGAGCCUGAUGAAGAUGCUUAUGACAUGAGGAAAGCCCUGUCCAGAGAUACAGAGAAGAAAUCAAUCAUACCGUUACCACAUCCUGUCAGACCAGAAGAUAUUGAAUAAACUUCAGCUGUGGUUGUUCAGUCAAUGUGCUGAAAAUAACAUAUGCGAAAGUAUUUCAAGCUGCCUACAGAAAAUUGUGUGUUAUUUUGAAUGUACUUGGAAGCCUGGGAGCAACAAAGAGAGUGUUUGCAGUUAUGAAAAAAAGCUUUCACUUUUAGGCUACUGGGCUGAAUCUUCUAUUGCCCCCAAAACAAAACAGUUUUGCAACUGCAGUAUCAACCACUUAAGGUUUCAUUUUUAUAUAAUAAAGAAUUAAUUCCUUGGCUGUACUGAACAAUUUCUAAAAAUCUAGUAAAGAGAAAUCUUACUUAUUUCCAGGGGGCCUAGAGCUCCCUAUUGAAUGAGCUCACUCUUGAAUGAGCUCACUCAUUCAUGCUUUAAGCAUUAGAGCCUCAAAGAAUACAUUGAAAAAAUUAAAAUUAAGGAAAUGCAAAUAGCAUUCUGCCUUUUUGUUCCCUUAUGUAGUUAGAUGGUUAUGGAAAGAGUGUCACUUUUCUCCUAUGUAUGUUUAAAGCUUCAAGUGGAUUCCUCUCAAUCUCAUUCAUUUCAAUAAAUCUUUAAUUUCAACCAAGUUAUUGAGGGACAGUUUCCCUUUUCCAGUAUUGAACUAUAUUUUAUAAUACUAAAGCGCACCAUUAAAAGUCAGCAUUUGCUGUUA